AUGACAUCAGCAUGGAUAUCUUGUUCAAACUCUGGGGAACUUCUUUUGCUAAAGCGGCAGGUUCCCUGUUCCAGCGUCCUCGUGCCAGGUUCCCUGUUCCAGCGUCCUCGUGCCAACGCUCUGAUUGCCGUCUAUGGCAUUGAUGGUUUCGAUCUUCCCUCUAACAUCUCUUCUUAUCCUCUGGAAAAUGCUGAUCUGCUCUUCCUAUUCGAGAUUCAAGUGUUGCAUGAUAUUUCUGCUCUGCUGAUGAGACACAAGCACUUGGCUAAGGACCAGGCUCCUGAUCUGUUCUCUCUGGAGCUGGCUGGGAUGGAGGAGCUCACCCGGCGCUACGGCCCGGACUCCCCUCAGUUCCAAGACGCCCGGCAGAUUCUGGUAGCUGCGCUGCAGAAGUUUGCUGAUGAUGUUUUCGGCGUUUAUGGCAGCAACGCGGUGGUGGAGGUGGUGACGGUGAAGACGUUUGAGACUCCGCUAACCAGGAAGUCGCGCUCCAUCCUGGAGGCAAAGCAGAUUAGUAACCCAGGAAGCCCCUACAAUCUGGCCUACAAGUACAACUUUGAAUACGCUGUCGUGUUCAACAUCGUGCCAUGGCUCAUGAUCGCGUUGGCUCUCGCCGUCAUCGUCAUCUCGUACAACUUGUGGAACAUGGACCCGGGCUACGACAGCAUCAUCUACAGGAUGACCAAUCAGAAGAUCCGCAUGGACUAAUCAUGCAUUACAUUCUGUCGCAGUGUUGUGUGUAGACAGGUUUCUCACUUCCAUUCCUCCCAUGCGUAUGUGUAUAUAUCGCUCUGAAAUUUCAGUUUGUGAAUAAGUAGGAUGAAGAAUAUUUAUUGACCCCUGCUGUUUUGCUGAAAAAUCCAAAUGAGAACGGGACGCAUGUAUUUCGCCUUUGUUAAUAGCACGCUGGGUGUGGUUUCGUUGAGUAAGUGCACUGCUGUGGAAUUGUGUGAAGUCGUCACGCUAGUGUCGUAAUGGUGUUCUGUGUCGUGUUCCUGCUCGAGUGACAUGUUUGAAUCAUCUGUAUUUUUGUUUUUAUUCCUGAUACACUGGACUACAUAAUAUGAUGGCGAUUGUAGAGAGGUGGGACGAUAAACUAAAAUUGCAUGUGGUAAAAUUUCGCCCAGGUGUGAUGUUAAAACAUGGAGAUCAGACAUGAUUUUAUUUGGAAAUAAUAAAAAAAAAUAUACAUGCAAAAUCAGACAAUUGGUUACAACUGAUAAUGUUUAUUUUAUGACAUGUAGUAGUGAGUCACAGUGACAAAAGAACAAAAUGAUUGAGGAGAUAUUUUAUGAAAUGUUUGAUCUUGAUUAGUUUCUCAGCUCUCCUCCGUCCCUGGCUAUGUUCAUCUGAAAUUUUUUUUUCCCCUGUUCUCCUCCAUCAAUCAUAUGACUGAAGUUCAGCCGAAAUAAAACUUGCUGAUGAAUUACAGAUAAAA